GGUGGGCGCAGAGGGAAGAAGGGUCUGCAGAGGCGGGUGGGGGAGACGGGCAGAAAGGAGCCGCGGGGGCGCCGGGACUCAGCCUCCGACUCUCUCUCCUUCUGACAGUCAACGCGGGGAAGUCCAGAGGCGCAGGCAUCAAGAAAAAGUAUGAGGAAAAAAUAGUGAAUUAGGAAAAAGCUUUUUGGAUUGGAGAGAAAAACAAAAGAAUCAAUCAUAUCUCUGCAUUUUUGAAAACUUUUUUUAUUUUUUAAGGAUCUACUGAAAUAAUUCUUUUAGUGGAGUGACAUGCUGGAUUGCUACUAUCUUCUGUUCCACAGAAGUUAUAGGAUUGCGGGAAGAAAAAGUGCAAUGCAGUUAUGUUUCUGGGAUGUACAAUCUGACAUUUCCAGUUAAGAAGUCAUGAUAAGGCAUGCUGUAUAAAAAUUCCAAACUUGGUAAUUUUCAAAAAGUUCAAUCUGGAAAUAAGAUUCUUUGGUAUCAUCUCAUCUACUAGGAUGUCAGAACUUAGCUCCAAUUUGACUUUCAAUAUGAGCACCUCAAUUGAAGAGCCAGGAAGUGGACUCUCAAGAAUGGGACACAACAUUGUCGCUGUUUUUCUUGGACUAAUUCUAGUUUUUGGGUUCUUGAAUAACUUGGUUGUCCUCAUUCUCUUCUGUAAGUUUAAAACCUUGCGCAACCCUGUGAACAUGCUGUUGCUGAAUAUCAGUGCCAGUGACAUGCUAGUCUGCAUCUCUGGGACUACACUCAGCUUCGUAUCAAACAUUUAUGGCAGAUGGAUCGGAGGAGAACACGGCUGCAGGUGGUACGGCUUUGUCAAUUCUUGCUUUGGCAUUGUAUCUCUGAUCUCACUGGCCAUUCUGUCUUAUGAACGUUAUAGCACUCUUACACAAACCAAUAAACGUGGCUCUGACUAUCAAAAAGCCCUGCUAGGCGUUGGAGGUUCCUGGCUCUACUCUCUGAUUUGGACAGUACCGCCUCUCAUUGGCUGGAGCAGCUAUGGGCUUGAGGGGGCGGGCACCAGUUGUUCAGUCCGAUGGACAUCGGAAACACUCGAAUCAGUGACUUAUAUCAUCUGCCUCUUCAUAUUCUGCUUAGCCAUUCCCGUCCUGGUCAUGAUAUACUGCUAUGCUCGCCUCUUUUAUGCUGUCAAACAGGUGGGGAAACUCCGAAAAACCUCUGCCCGGAAAAGAGAAUUCCAUGUACUCUUCAUGAUAAUCACAACCAUCAUCUGUUACCUGAUCUGUUGGAUGCCCUAUGGCGUUAUAGCACUUCUUGCAACAUUUGGUCGUCCUGGCUUGGUGUCUCCUGUAGCCAGUGUCAUACCUUCUAUCUUGGCAAAGAGCAGUACUGUAUUCAAUCCCAUCAUCUACAUUCUAAUGAACAAGCAGUUCUAUAAAUGCUUUCUCAUGCUUCUGCACUGCCAGCCUUCUUCAGUUGCUGAUGGAGAAACCAUAUGCCAGUCAAAGGUCAUGGCCAUCCACCAAAACCAGAAGGCACAAGGUGGAGUUAUAUUAAAAAGCCAAGUAGUUCCACAAAUGGAUGAGAAAGCAAUCUGUCUUCUGAGUCCAGAGUCAAGCCUGGAUCCGGUUUUAGAGAGCACACCCCAACUGUCCAAGGAAAAUUCAUUCCUGUGAAAGAGUACAAGCUAUUGCCUAUAAAACUACAUCAAAUAUGUUACAGUUUGUAACUAAUUAGUUCUGAAUUCUCUGAGGAAAUAUGUUAUAUGUUGAGCAGAAACAGAACAGAAGUUCCUCCUAUUGCUAUUUUUAACUUUAAAGCAAGUAGAAAUUAUGUUAUACACUGGAAAAGAUCUGUCUUCUAGAUAAAAGAAUUAGGGGCUACUUGAAUUUUAACACAACAUGAAGGUUGAGCAUCCCUAACCAACAAAUCCAAAAUGCUCCAAAAUCUUAAACAUAUUGCUGCCAGCCACCUAUUUCCCCCUUUGAUGUAGUGUUCCUGCUCAUUCAUUUGCAAGAUGGAAGACAGUGGCUGGCAGGCUCCCCAGAGAGAGGUUAGAGAGAACACAAGGAUCUGUGGAAUACUGAGAGAAUCCCAUUUUGGGAGAAAGGCUGUAUAUAAACCCAAUAAAUAAAAAUUAAAUAAAAGCAGAUGUGUGCCAAGCACUAUGCUUGGAUUUCUGCCAUUUCACAGAACUUCAGUGUCUCUCCAGUUUCAUUUCUCACAUAUCACACAAGUAGCAAAUGAAAAAUACAAGAGAGUAGAAAGGGGACUUGUGGAGUGGGAGGAGGCACGAAUAUCCAAGAUCCAAGAUAUCUCAUUAUAUAUAUGCAAAUAUUCUGAUUCCAAGCAUUUAUUUUCCAUCCCUUCUAGUAAUGUUAGCUCCUUGACAGCAUUAAACUGGGAUUUCCUUCUAGAUAUAUGUGUAGCCCGAUUAGCAUUGGCCUCUAGAAAACUUUAAAGACAUUUUGUAAGUCAUAUUCUUUACAAAGAAUAAAGUUAUAACACUCUUUAGUUUUUUCUUUAAAAAAAAGAUUUCAGUUUAGUUCCUCAAAUCUCACAAUUUAAAAAUUUACCAGCAUGGUGGAGUGGUUUAAGUGUUGGACUGAGACACUGGGAGACCAGUGUUUGAAUGUCCAUAAGCCAUGUAAACCAACUGGGUGAUCUUGGGCAAGUCACACAGUAUCCGCCUCAGAGAAGGACAAGGUCAAACCCUUCUGAACAAAUUCACUAAGAAGACCCCAUAAAUCAGAGAUUACUUCAAUGCACACAACACUAGUUUAAUCUUCUCAGGAACAAAUGCAGUUCAGUCAUAAUUUGUUUUUUAAUUGUAACACGGCUAUUUAUUAGGGUGUUGUUUUUUCACAGGACCUUUGGGCAUCAGUUUUUCUGAGAAAAACUGAGAAACUGAGUCCAGCCCUCUAGUCAUAAUAAGUGAAUCUACAUGUUGUCUUUUGUUUAGAUAAUUAUAUUCUGACAUAAUGAACCACGAUUAAAAAAUGAAGCCUGGAAAUAUUCUGCUAAUUAUAGUUUCCCAUUCCAUCCAAACUGGGAAUCUAGUUAACAGCUUCAGAGCAAGUCAGAAUAUUAAGCUAAUGGCAAACAAUGGCUUAAUAUCCUGGCUUGUUCCAAAGACAUUAUCCACAAUUUACCAUAUGGAUAAAACAGGAAACCACAGUUAAUGGAAGACUUCACUUACUCUCUUACUUUCUCAUACAAAGCAGGACAUAUUUUGGGGCAUUUCAGGACAUAUAUAUAUAUAUAUAUAUAUAUAUAUAUAUAUAUAAUGCACAAAUAGUAUUUUAACCCUGCACUGGUUGGGGGGACAUAAGGGGGGCACAUGUGGUCUGGAUGUGAUUUAAAUUAAUUAGUAUGAUCCUUUGCAUAAACAGUCUGAACAAAUUUCAAAAUAUCACCUCACUUUUGAAUUGAACUAACAAAAAGCUAUGUUCUAAUGUUUACGUUUACUAGUUUAACCCCCGUCUCUGUCUUUUUGGGGGUGGGGGCUCUCCCUGUUCCCAAGAGAGAUGGCACAUUUCACAAAAAGUAUGAGAGCACUGAAUAUCUCUUGUCACAACAAACUUUUGACAAUCAUGGGAUAUGACCUCCUAGACUACAGAAGUAUUUCCCUUUUCAAACAAUUAUUUUAAUUCUAAGAGCAUACUCUAAAGAUUUUUUCUUAUAUGACAGUACAAACUGCAUUUGAACCUCUGCCUUCCUUUUGGUCUCAGAUAUGAAUCUUAUUAAUAUAAAUAUGAAUUUAGGAUCAAAAUGAAAUGUUUAUCUUAGUAAAGUAUGACCCCUGUAUCCUCAGGGAUAAUGUUUCUGGACUUCAUGUGAGUAUGUGAAUGUGUGGAUCAUACAAAUUCUGUUGAAAUGAAGAACUUCUGGUACAAGAACACCAGAGGACCUAAAAAUGCAUAGAAAGGACAUAUUUGUUGGACAUGGAUAAAUAACGUUGAAGAUACAGUCCAGCAGAUAUGAGAGUUGUACUGUAUACCUUAGUAUCACACAGAAGUGUUUCCUUCACUACUGAUGUGUAGAUGAUGAAAUACAGAUCUGCCCAAACUGGUUCAAAUUAAUUUCAUUGCAUGUAAAUGCUAUGUAUGAUGAAAGAUCAUAUGGCUAUCUGCAUUUGUCCAUACCACUGAGUUCAAUGGGGGGAUAUUUGCUUAGGAACUUCAUAAAUGUGUAAUUCUGGGGUUUACACAUGAACAAAGCCUGCCUUUUUUAUUAAGCCUCAGACAAAAUCAUGACUGAGAUAAAGCAAGAGGCUUGAUGGGUGGACAGAAGUCACUAUUUUGCUCCUCUCAUUUGUCCAUUCGGCCAUGCUAUAUUUUAACUAGAUGACAUUCUAGGAAGACUACCUCAAGGGCUCAAUAUCGGUGUUUAUGAAUCGGUGAGAUUCAUGAAUUCAAAAUGAGAAAGAAACAAAAUCUUACAAGAUUUUGUUAAUGAGCAGCAGUCACCUUCUGCUCUGAGAAUUGAUCUUAGUUUAUAAUAAACAAUAUAGGGAUAAUGACUUGGAGACAGACCAAGUUGAAAUAAGUAGGACACAUUUGUUACAACCAAACAAAGUGCCAAUCCAAACCACCAACUUCAGUAUAACUGAUCUUAUUUUUUUCUUGAAUCUUAGGUAUGGCUCUUGAAGUCUCCCUAAUUUUUAAAUUUAAAAAAAUUGCAAAAAAAUCCAGGGACACAAGUGCUUUCCACAGCCAGAUCCUCUUUGUUCUCUCUUCUGAAAUGACAACCCUUCACCUGUGGCCAAAAACAAAAACUUGCAAUGGUUUCAAAACAUGAUCUAGUCUUCAACUUAAAAAUGACAAGUGUUUCUAAAGGAUAAAUCAAGUAUUGCUCACAGGUACUUUUUUGAAAACAAUCAGUAAAAAAGUUCAGAAUGGGCAGAAAAGUUGACAAGUAAAAAUAAACCUGUGAUAACUUUCUGGUAUACGAUUGUUCUGAUGUAAGUACUUCAGUGCAAUCAUGAAAUUCUUAGCAUGCUGUGGCUGUCACCUUAUCUGCUUUACAUCCGGAAUAAUUCAUAAACAAAAUGAAAUGUCCUUGGGCAUACAUAUGGCACAGACCUAGUUCAUGGAAGGGGGAAACUUCUAUUUUGCUAGAUCUCCAUGAAUAUUGGACACAUAAUUUAUAGUGUUUCAACUGAAGAUAACCAAAGUAAGUAUGUGUGUAUGUAUUUGUAUGCGCACAAACAUCUAUAUACAUGCAUUUCUAUAUGUGCACAUGUGUAUGUAAGCUUACAUUCACUGUAUCUAGUUCAGCUUCCAUUAUAUAUAUAUAUAUAUUAAAAUGUUAAGCAAUCUAAAUCCAUCAUAUUCGCAUUAAUAUUUAUAUAUAAACUAAAGAUACCACUAGACCUCAACCCUGUUUCAAUCAUAGCUUGCAUUUCUUAACAUACAUACUACUUAUCCUUGAUUCUGGUCAAACAAAUGUUUCAAUCUGCGUUGCUGGAAAUUAGGUGCAUCUGAUACAAUCACUUAAUAACAUAGAAUUUGUACAUUUGUGUUGCUUGUUCUGUCAUGUAAAUGUAUGUUCACAAUGAAAUCAUACACAUAUACAUAUUUUGUCAAGAAGCCCUGCUGAAUUUUUAAUAUGCCAUGUUACCUAUGGAGCUGUGUAACAGGAAUUGCCAUGUUCAAUAAAAUAUUUUGUGCAUA